AUGUCUGCUCAAGUGAUUUCUGGUACACAAACAGCUAGAUCUAUCGAAAAUGAUCUCCGUCAGCAAGUGGCGGUCAUGGGUCAACAGCACCCUGGCUUCCAGCCAAAGCUGGCUAUCGUGCAGGUCGGAGGACGAGAGGACUCCAACGUUUACAUCAGGGCGAAGCUGAAAGCAGCAGAAAACAUCGGCAUAGCUGCUGAACACAUUAAACUUCCGAGAGAAAUCUCACAGGCUGAGCUUCUUACAAAGCUGACAAGUCUAAAUGAUUCGCCGUCAGUACAUGGAAUAAUAGUUCAGAUGCCACUGGAUUCGGUCGAGAAAAUCGACUCGCAUCUCAUCACCGACGCUGUCUCCUCGCAAAAAGAUGUUGAUGGAUUAAACACCGAAAACGAAGGCCGUGUGGCGCUGGGUGAUACGUCAGGCUUCGUUUCUUGCACCCCAGCUGGUUGUAUAGAACUGAUCAAACGCACUGGAAUUUCCAUCGAAGGCAAGCAAGCGGUGGUUCUCGGACGCAGUAGGAUAGUUGGAACACCAGUAGCUGAACUUCUCAAGUGGGAAAACGCCACUGUUACCGUUUGCCACUCGAAGACCAAGAACUUAAGUGAAAUCACAAAAACCGCUGAUAUAUUAGUUGUAGCCAUUGGUAGAGCCGAAAUGGUCCGUGGGUCUUGGAUUAAACCGGGAGCGGUAGUAAUAGACUGCGGGAUUAACCCCAUCCCAGAUGCAUCAAAACCCAGCGGCCGAAGGUUGGUAGGUGACGUGGCAUACUCCGAGGCUGUGCAGGUCGCGUCUCAUGUGACCCCUGUACCCGGCGGUGUGGGUCCCAUGACUGUGGCUAUGUUGAUGAGGAACACCGUGUUGGCUGCUAGCAGGCAACUCCAACGUAUAUCUACACCCGUGUGGCCGCUGCAGCCGCUUAGACUUAGCACGGUUUCACCACCUCCAAGCGACAUUGUUAUAGCGCGUUCUCAAAAACCUAAAUAUAUUAGUAAGCUGGCGGAGGAGAUAGGAUUGUUCCCCAGUGAGGUGUCACAAUAUGGUAAUACUAAGGCGAAAAUAUCUUUGUCUGUGCUUGAUCGUCUCCGAAAUCAACAAGGUGGAAAAUACAUCGUUGUAGCUGGCAUAACCCCCACUCCUCUCGGUGAGGGUAAGAGUACGACGCUGAUCGGUCUGGUGCAGGCUCUGGGUGCUCAUCGCGGUAGGAAUGCCUUCGCCGUCAUGCGUCAGCCCAGUCAGGGUCCAACCUUCGGAGUCAAGGGAGGAGCCGCUGGUGGAGGAUACUCACAGGUGAUCCCUAUGGAAGAUUUUAACCUUCAUCUUACUGGUGACAUUCACGCCGUCUCCGCUGCUAACAAUCUCCUCGCAGCUCAUAUGGAUGCCAGGAUCUUCCACGAGCUAACCCAAAAAGACGGUCCUCUAUAUGAUCGUUUGGUGCCGGAAAUUAAAGGAGUCAGGAAAUUCUCCCCCAUUCAGUUGAGAAGAUUGAAGAGAUUGGGAAUCGAAAAGACUGAUCCGAACGCCUUAACACCAGAAGAAAGAGUCAAAUUCGCAAGACUUAACAUCGACCCCAAAAAAGUUAUGUGGAAUAGAGUUGUGGAUUUGAACGAUAGAUAUUUACGUAAAAUUACCAUCGGGCAAUCGCCCACUGAGAAAGGUUUUACCCGUGAGACUAGUUUUGACAUCGCUGUAGCGUCUGAAAUUAUGGCUGUCUUGGCUCUGGGCAAGGAUGUGAAUGAUAUUAAGGAGAGACUCGCGAAUAUGGUCGUAGCUCUGGACACAAACGGCAAACCAGUAAUAGCUGAUGAUCUUGGCAUUACAGGGGCACUAAUGGUGUUGCUUAAGGACGCAUUCGAGCCCACAUUGAUGCAGACUUUGGAAGGUACUCCAGUAUUGGUCCACACCGGACCAUUCGCCAACAUUGCUCAUGGAUGCUCCUCUAUACUUGCCGAUAAGAUCGCCAUGAAACUGGCCCGAGAAAAUGGCUAUGUGGCAACUGAAGCCGGCUUUGGAUCUGACAUCGGUAUGGAAAAGUUCUUUGACAUAAAGUGUCGUUCGAGCGGCGACACCCCUCACUGCGCUGUCAUCGUGAGCACAGUCCGCGCGCUCAAGAUGCACGGCGGAGGACCUACCGUCAGCCCUGGACAACCACUACACUCAGUCUAUGUCCAAGAAAACUUAGAACUGCUAAGCAAAGGACUUUGCAAUUUAGGAAAACACAUCAGCAACGGCAACAAGUUUGGCGUUCCUGUCGUUAUUGCUGUUAAUAAACACGGAAACGACACAGAAGCCGAACUCAACAUGGUCAGAGAAUAUGCAUUGAAAAAUGGAGCAUUCCGUGCUGUUAUUUGUGAUCACUGGGCCAAGGGAGGCGCUGGUGCCUUGGAACUUGCGGACGCGGUGAUAGAAGCCUGCGACCGUCCUUCGAGCUUCCAAUACCUCUAUCCAUUGGAAAUGUCAAUUCAAGAUAAAAUUAAGAAGAUCGCUGUUGAAAUGUACGGAGCUGGGACAGUAGAAUACACAGAUGUGGUUUUGGAGAAAAUUAAAGUUUUGAAUGAUAGGGGCUACGGCAAGCUGGCUAUAUGUAUGGCUAAGACUUCCAACUCUCUCACCGGUGACCCCAGCAUCAAGGGUGCUCCUACCGGCUUCACUCUUCGUAUUAAUGAUAUUUUCGUGUCUGCGGGCGCUGGUUUUGUUGUUCCUAUGGUUGGCGAGAUAUCCAAAAUGCCUGGCCUUCCAACGAGACCCAGCAUCUACGAUAUAGAUCUGAACACCGAGACCGGUGAAAUCGAAGGCCUCUUUUAA